CAGCAUCAUUUUGAAUUUCUUCUACAUCCACAAUAUACCCUCAGACAAUCUCGUCCGCCAUUAGAGCCACCAUAAUCACACACCAGAAAUCUCCUUUUCUUUCAAGUUAGGGUUUUUCAAUCUCCCUCUUUCAAGUACAAUCGAUUAUCUUAAACUCUUCCGAAUUAAUUUUUUAUCUUCCCUAGGGUUUCUUAUUGCAAUUUCCAAUCAUAUUAUAAACCUAAAUUUCAAUUACGUAUAAAAUUCAAUGGGAAAGAACGAAUUUCUAACUCCGAAAGCAAUCGCAAAUCGAAUCAAAGCGAAAGGUCUCCAGAAACUUCGAUGGUAUUGUCAAAUGUGUCAAAAACAAUGCCGAGACGAGAACGGGUUCAAGUGUCAUUGUAUGAGCGAGUCUCAUCAGAGACAAAUGCAGAUUUUUGGGCAAAACCCGGAUCGUAUCGUAGAUGGGUAUUCGGAGGAAUUCGAAAGUACGUUUCUUGAUCAUAUGAAAAGGAGUCAUAGGUUUAGUAGGAUUGCUGCUACUGUUGCUUAUAAUGAGUAUAUAGCUGAUAGACAUCAUGUUCAUAUGAAUUCUACUAAGUGGUUGAGUUUGACUGAGUUUGUUAAGCAUUUGGGUAGGACGGGGAAGUGUAAGGUAGAUGAGACUCCCAAAGGGUGGUUCAUUACUUAUAUUGAUAGAGAUUCCGAGACUCUUUUUAAGGAUAGGAUGAAGAAUAAGCGGAUUAAGGCGGAUUUGGCGGAGGAUGAGAAGAAGGAGAGGGAGAUCAUGAAGCAGAUUGAGCGGGCGGAACAGUUGAUGCCUAUUGCGGAAAAUGAGGGUGAGGGUGAGGAUGAGGAUGAGGAGAGGGCGGAGGAGAAGGAAUUGCCAGGUGGGAAAGUAGCAUUUGCACUUGGAGGUGGGUUGUCGAAACCCGGGGGUGUAGGAGGGUCUGGGAAGGAGAGAGGGGAGGGGCCGAGGGUUGUGUUUGAGGAUGUUGUGGAAGGGGAGAAAGCGAAAAAGAGAACUAAAUAUGGUGAUGGUAAUGCAGCUGUUAAGUCUGCUUUGGAGGAUAUGAUCAAGGAGGAUGAGAAGGUUAAGGAACGUCAUAAUAGGAAGGAUUAUUGGCUGUGUGAGGGAAUAGUUGUAAAGGUUAUGAGCCAGAAAUUGGCAGAAAAAGGGUAUUAUAAGAAGAAGGGGGUUGUCAAGAAGGUUAUUGAGAAAUAUGUAGGUGAAAUUGAGAUGCUUGACACCAAACAUGUGCUUAGAGUGGAUCAAGCAGAGCUUGAGACUGUAAUUCCACAGAUUGGCGGUUUGGUGAAGAUAGUUAACGGGGCUUAUCGAGGAAUGAAUGCUAGGUUGCUCUCCAUUAAUACUGACAAAUAUUGUGCCAAGGUCCAGAUAGAGAAGGGUCUAUAUGAUGGAAGAGUUCUUCAAGCUGUGGAUUAUGAAGACAUCUGCAAACUCGCUUAGUCAAGGACAGAUUGUGCCAAAUACUAGCAUAUCAAAGUUUUUUCAGAAUUUGGCCAGCCAUCUCAUCUUUGUAAUGUAUUGCUGAAUUUGCUGGUUGAUUUUUAUCUUACUCUUGAUUUUAUCACAUUAGCAAAUGUAUUUUUCUUUGCAGCAUAUAUGAAACAAUCCCUUUUUGCUUAUUAUAUUCUCAGUAUUUGUUCUUCAAAGGUGAAAUUUGUUAUAAAUGGUGUUUCGUA